UAUUUGAAAUGACGUAAAUCACCUACGCCUCUGGUAAGCGAUGUAUUUAAAUAUGUCAAAUUUUUAAAUAUAAUCGUCUAAAUAUAAAAAUUGAUUAAUUCAAUAUUGAAAAAUGUCCUAAAAACAAUGAUAUGUUCACAAUAUAAUAAAUAUAUACGUAUAAACAAUCGUUAUAAGCUAAAUGAAUAAUUUUGUAAAUGGCAACAUGGUAGUUGUAUACAUGAUUGUCGGAUGUGACGUAUCCACUUAUAAUAUUUACCUAUGCCCUACUUGAUCUAAAGCUGUGGAUUUUUAUUCUGGAUCAUUGGUUAGACAAUCUUUAUACAAAUGUCAUUAUUUUAUAAACGGCUUUUAUGUUUUUAAUUUUCAACAUUUGUGGUAGACCACUGAAACAAAUUUAAGUAUACAAAGUGUAAGUGAAAUCAUCAUUUCCGUUCAGGGAAAAUAACAUUCUAAACGUUGGUAGCCGUGUCGUAUCAGUCUUCGGCGUUGUAUAUUAUAUUUAUAUAACAUUAUAACGAUUGUGCUUAUUGAUAUUAUUUGAAAUGUCGUAAAUCACCUACGCCACAGGCAUGGCCGUACUUCCUCUUGUUUAUGCUUAUAGAAAAUAUAAUUCUUUGGAUUGAAAACAAACCGAUAUAUAGAUUAAAUGACAGUUUAACAAGUUUUUCUCAUGGUCUUAUUCAACAUUCAGGAAAGUUAGUUUUUAGAAGUGCGGAAAGUUACGCUUAUUUCUAUUUAUAUCAAAAUUUUCGUAUAAUCGAUUUACCUUGGAAUAAUCCGGUGACUUGGUAUUUAGCUGCUAUAGGAGUUGAUUUUUGUUAUUAUUGGGUUCAUAGAGCAUGUCAUGAAGUACAUAUUUUAUGGGCACAGCAUCAAGUACACCACAGUUCUGAAGAAUUCAAUUUAGCCGUUGGUCUGAGACAAUCAAUUUUCCAGGGAUGGUGUGGCUUCUUGUUCUAUUUACCAUUAGCUUUCGUUAUCCCACCAGCUCAUUUUGUAACACAUCAACAAUUCAACCUCUUGUAUCAAUUUUGGAUUCAUUCUAAGACUAUUACUACUCUUGGGCCAUUGGAGUACUUAUUCAAUACUCCUCAACAUCACAGAGUACAUCAUGGAAGUAAUAUUUACUGUUUGGAUAAAAACUACGGUGGUGUGUUGAUCAUUUGGGAUCGUUUGUUCGGGACUUUUGCUAGCGAGAAGAAGGACGAAGAAAUUAUUUAUGGUCUCGUCUUUAAUCAGCCAUCUUUUAAUCCGUUACAUUUACAAACUUUCUACACUGAAUAUGUUAUUCAGAGAUUUAACGCAAUGACUACUUUGAAGGAGAAGCUCGCCGCUUUAUUUUAUGGUCCGAGUUGGCAACCAGGCAAACCUCGAUUAGGUUUAGAAGAAGAUAAAGUGAAGGUGACUAAAAGAGAAAAAUACGACGUCCAGUUACCGUUAUGGUGCAACGUUUAUCUGUUUAUACACUUUUGUUUGGUAGUAUACGGAUACCAACAACUGGCAACUCUGCAUUUGAACCUCAAUCCGUUGACAGUUCUUUCGUUCGUGAUUUACAUAAUCGCGUCUCUGACGACGAUCGGUAUGCUGUUCGAUAACCGUCCUUACGCAUGCGUUUUCGAACUGCUACGUUGCAUGCUUUUGGUCACGGCUAUACAACGCGUGAACUUUUCAAAAAUCGACGACAAUUUAUUAACCAGCAUCGAAGUUUUCUUUUUGAUAUCGGCGAUUUUUUGGUUCCUUCAAAGCAUCAAAGUCCUUCAAGUUUUGAAAAUAAAAACGAAAUGAUUGUUUGUUUUUUUUUUAUUUUUUAACGGAAUAUUGUUAUAGUUCGACUGAUAUUUAUUGUGUGAUAACAACGGCGGUUCAUUGAAAGAAAAGUAUUUACAAAAACGUACCAUUUUGUUUUUUUAUCGAAUCGUUGUUGAAUUUUAGUGAUAGUAUGCCAAAAUGUACUUAAUAUUUAUUGUUAAUAUAUUUAUUCAAAUUUU